AUGCAGCAUCUGAAACAAUUCACCAAUUGGUCUAUUCUAUGGAGCACGUCGAAACCACCACCCAAAACAGCGCUAGGAACUGUUAUCCACUAUAUUCCGAGUGAAGAUGAGGGAAGCGCUAUCGUAGAUAUCGUUGCUGUACACGGUCUCGGUUCGAAUCCUGACUGGGCUUGGCAGCACGAGGGAACUGGGGCUAUGUGGUUGAAAGAUUUCCUGCCCAGCUCGUUCCCGAAGGCGCGAAUUAUGGCCUUCAACCAUAACUCGGCGUGGAAUAUGAAUGCGCCAGCAAAGUCUGUAGAGAUCUGCGGGUCGCAACUGCUUGCGUCGCUGAAUACCCAGCGACAAUCGCCGGAGGAAGGGGAACGUCCUAUAAUAUUUAUUGGGCACAGCUUUGGUGGGAUAAUAAUCAAAAAAGCGCUCGUCACCGCCGGGCUAAGGAGUGAGGACCGUCGCUAUAAAUCCAUCAAUAAAUCCAUGAUCGGUGCAAUAUUUUUAGGGGUACCCCAUGAUGGUUCCCGUCUUAGCCUUGUGGGAAAAUUGAUGUCUUACGCCACAUACUGGUUAGGAUCAAGUACAGAACUGCUGGAAGCACUAAAGCCCGGAGAACGGUCCCUUAGGACGUUGGACGAUGAAUUUCACAGAGCCUAUAGAGGGCGAGACAUUGUCAAUUUCUUUGAGGUUAAGAUGACAGCGAUCGGGAGAUUCCCCCUACUCAUCGCGGUGGAUCAUCAUUCUAGUACUUCUGCCGGCAUUCCAAAUAUUGCUUUAGAGGCCGAUCAUGUCGGAAUGAACAAGUUUCACUCACCGCAAGACGAAAAUUACAAGCUUUUGGUUCAUGAAAUCCGAGGCAUGGUGGAAAAGAUAGAAAAAGCAACGGUUACUCCGGUUGAUGAGAGCGAAGUCUGUUUACGGUCUCUCGAUUGGGAAGGGUCAGGGAACCGCCAAGCUGCAAUAGAACCAGCCUACAAAGAAACACUUGGUUGGGUAGCAUCCAAUCCAGUUAUCUCUGAGUGGCUACAGCGCAAAUCGAGGAUCCUGUGGAUUUUAGGAAAGCCCGGCUCUGGGAAAUCAACACUAUCAAAGUUUCUUUUCGGGCUCCUGAAAAGAUCACAGGAUAAUCGGAAACCCGGCCAAGCAAUAUUAACCUUCUUCUUCAGCAAUCAGAGUAUACAUAACGAUUUCAAUAUAUCGGAUGAGGGCUGUCUUCGUUCUCUUCUAUUUCAACUCUUGCAGCAGGUACCGGAAUUGUUGGAAUAUAUUCUUCCCAAAUAUCAAAUGAAAAGAGCAGCAAAGGCACCAGUUGUAUGGCAUAUUGAGGAACUCAGAAGUCUUCUAAUCUCAAUGCUUGGGGAUUCUCGUUUUAGCUCGACUCGCAUCAUCAUAGAUGCUUUGGAUGAAUGUCAUGACCAUUAUAAAAUACCCCUCCUCGAUUUCAUAACUGGCGAUAUGGGCCGUCUCGAAUCCCUUCAGAUAAUCAUCACAACGCGAAUGCACCCAGAGUUUUGCAACUAUCUGGUCGGCUCUCCUCAACUCAAGCUAGAAGCGGAAAACAACAAAGAUAUAGAAAGCUAUCUUAGCUUCAGAUUGAAAAGCUUGAGCCGCAGUUUUUCGCUUAAGGAGUUGGACGCACUGGUAAAAUCAGCCACUCUCCAUGCACACGGAGUUUUUCUUUGGGCAGAGCAUAUUAUUCCGAUCUUGAAGGAACAGCCGCCCGAUAUUCCCAUCUCUGAGUUGGAAGAUUUUCUUCUUCGUAUGCCAAAACCUAUGCAAGAUAUGUACGACAGUAUAUUGCAGAAGUUGGAAUUGGCCCCAAUAGUGGAAUUCGAUGAAACCCGGAGAAUGCUCGAAUGGGUAUUGUUUGCAGAACGACCUCUGAAGUUAGACGAGUUCCGUUUUGCACUUGCCGUCGGCCUCUCUCCCGGUUUUACCUCGCUGGCUUCACUGGAUGAGGCCUCAUACCUUCCUUCGUUAUCUGAAAUGGAAGCACGGAUAAACAGGCUCAGCGGCGGUCUAUUAGAGGUCGGGUUACCCGAAGCGCCUACAGAGUCUACAGAGCCUACGUCCGGCUGGGAAUCUUUCAGCGCCCUGAAGUGGAAUAUAUUAUCAAAUUCCGGUACGACGCAAAACCAGAAGGAUGCGGGAAAGGAUGGUUCUGAAAACCAUGUUGUUCGUUUUAUGCAUCAAUCCGUGAAGGAAUUUCUUUUGGAGAGGAGAGUAUCCUCCGAGACAUGGAUAGAUCCUAAAAAGGCACAUAGGAAUCUUGCCAGCGUAUGCAUUGCUGCUGCGACUAGCCCCGACUUUCCAGACAAGCGCGAAAGAUCAUACUUCAGUAUAGGGCACAAAGAAAUACCAUUCCUCAAAUACGCGACGGAUAACUGGGAGAUACACGCUUCUUCGGCCGACGUGGAAGGAGAUCGACAGAUGGAAGCUUUUGGCUGGCCUGAGAGUCGCGCAUUCUCAGAGUGGUUCUCGGCGAGGAAUGUCCGCUUCGAUGAGAGGGAAUGGAUAAAAGGGUAUCCCGACGUUGCCUGCUUCCCAUUGACUAUUGCAAUGAGGUCUGGAUUGCUUUCAGACAUAGAGUUCUUUUUGGAGGCACCACUUUCCGACCUUGAUUAUUUUAUGUCUGCCUAUGCUGCCCAGUAUAGUCUAAAUAGUGAUAGGGAUAGAUAUCGGGAAGAAAUACUAGCAUAUUCCCUUGCAACCGCAGUGGCAAUAGGCUAUGAAAAGGCAGCUAGACAUCUUAUUGAGUGGGGUGCGGAUGUCAAUGCGGUCGUACCUUACACCCGUAUAAGGAUCCUUACAGCUGCUGCCGAAAAGGGACAGAACAAGAUGAUCAAACUCCUCGCCGAGAAAGGCACCCACUUCAAUUAUGCGCAGGGGAAUCCACUUUUAUCAGUUAUCAAAGCCAAACCCGAAAAUUUAGAGACUUUACAAUCUCUCAUCGAUCACGGCAUCGAUCUCAACGCCCGAGGCAUAAGUAUUCGAGAAGUUUCGGAGCAUGAUGUAGUGAAUCGCGCAAUACUGAGCGGGACAAAUGACGAGAUCUACGAUAGUCCGCUUCAGGCAGCUAUACAUGCUAUUUAUGAAGGCGGCAGCGAAAGUGUUGUAUCCCUACUGCUCAAAAACGGUGCAGAUGCUAGGGAUCAAUGUUUCUACCGACCAAACGUCGACUACAAACUCAGAGAAGCGACUCCCCUCCAUACCGCUACCUACUACAACUAUAUAGAAAUUAUGCAAAAUCUUAUUAAACUUGGGGAAGAUGUGAAUGUCAUUGCGGGCUUGUAUGGGACUCCGCUGCAUGUUGCGGCGUCUUUCGGCCAUGAGGAUGCAACGCAACUACUUCUGAAUAAUGGGGCGAAAUUUAUAACCGGAGUUGGGAUUUUUGGUACUCCUUUACAGGCAGCGGCCUUUGGCGGGCAUGCAGGGGUGGUUAGGCGGCUCCUCGAACUCCCAGAGACGGAUGUGAACGACCUUUCCGGGUGCUAUGGACAUGCACUACAUGGAGCAGCGAUCAGUGCCAAUAAGGACGUGAUGAGAGAUAUGUUAAAAUUGGACAAGCUUGCGAUAAUUCUCUGGAAUAUGCAUGGGGAGUUCUACAUGGAGGAGCGCUACAUGCAGUACUUUGACUGGGAGGCUUGGAUGGGGCACAGAUGGCCCCCGAAUAUUCAAUACACGGAUACGCCGGAGGAGCGAGAGAAGCUACGACACCCUCUUCUAGAGCGCGGUAAUAAAAUAUUUAAAGAUACCGAAGAACUCAUUACAGUACUCAUCAAUAGCACACGUUUUGUUGGCUACUUUGUGUAUCCCUUACGUCCCAUAGAGCAGAAUUCGCCAGCUAGCUUGAUUGACCCACCUCAGAGACCACGGCCGGGCUAUCAGCUUGCUGACUUUAAACCUCCCAUACCAACAUCCGUAGACAAAGAACCGGAUUUUAUCGGAAGAGCCUGGCGCCUACCGGAAUUCUUCUGGAGUGUUGUCGAUCGUCCGGUGAAAAAGUCUACCCAAUCAUCGGCCUCUCCAGGAGAAAACCCAAGCACGAGUAUCCGUGGCGGAGGCAACCUGCUGGAAGAAAAAUACAAACUUACCGAUGGUGUCUCGGAGGCAGUAUAG